AAUUGUUCAAAGACAUCUGGCAUCUCUGAUAAGAGGUAAACAAACGUGUGCACUUUGCAAGAACGAGAAACUAUUUGUAAAGUUGCUUAUGGUGAAAAGAAUAAACAUUAAAUUCACGCAUAGUUUCUCUUCGACGAUCGACGACGAAAAUAAUAUACUUUCAUGAAUGCCACCCACACAACGACAAUGGAAGGUAAAUUCAAACCAACUAACCGGAGUUUCCGAUCGACCCAAUGAAGCCAUUCAGAACGAUCCGGCUAGCAAAAAAUCUCACGGCUGCUCAAUCUGUGGUAAAUGUUUCAGAUUUAAAAGUCACCUAACAGAACACUUUCUCAUUCAUACCGGAGAAAAACCCUUCAAAUGUGACUACUGUGGAAUGCUCUGCAGGACUGAACGCAGUCUUAAAGUACAUGUGCAACGACAUACCGGUGAGCGGCCACAUGUUUGCGGAGAGUGUGGUAAAGGAUUCUUUCGCAAAGACCAAUUAACGAACCAUGAGAAAUGGCACGAUAAACCCAAUCAGACCACCGAAAAAGACCUGUCUAGCAUAAAACUUCACGAUUGCGAUAUCUGCGGCAAAAGUUUUAGAUGUAAAAGUCACCUCAUGGUACACGUCCGCACUCAUACGGGAGAAAAACCCUUUGAAUGUGACCACUGUGGAAUGAAGUUCGUAGAUAACAGCAGGCUUAAUAUACAUGUGCGACAGCACACCGGCGAGCGGCCAUAUAUUUGCGAGGAGUGCGGUAAAGGGUUUAACUUCAGGAGCCAAAUAACGACCCACAAGAAAAGGCACAUCGACAAAAAACCUUUCAAGUGCGAUGUGUGUGGCAAAGGGUUUUCACAUCAAUCUGCACUCGCAAACCACAAACUUAUUCAUACAAAUCGAAAAGAGUACGAAUGUGACCUCUGUGGUAAACGAUUCAAUAUCAAGAGUGGUUUAAUCAAGCACAGUCGUGUACAAGCCGGAGAAAGAUCGGAGUCCAAAUGCGAUUUGUGUGAGAAAUCGUUUACAACAAGCUGCGCGGCAAAACAGCAUCGACAGAUCCAUACCGGUGAGAAAACACACAAAUGCGAUAAAUGCAACAAAAAUUUCACUACUAGAAGCAAUUUAACCCAACAUAAACGAACUCACACCGGAGAACGGCCGUACGGGUGCCAAUUCUGCGGUAAGAUGUUCACCAAAAGUACCAAUUUGACGCGUCAUAUACGCAUUCACACAGGAGAAAAAUCGUACAAAUGUGACAUCUGUAGAGAGGAAUUUAUUGAUAACUGUGCAAUGGAAAAGCAUCGACGCAUUCAUACGGGUGUGAAACCAUAUCUGGGCAAGGUAUGAGGGAAACGAUUUCACCCAUGUAGCAGUUUCGUUAGGCACAAUUCGGUUCAUGAAAAAACAAAAAUUAAUCCACGAGUUCAUGUGAAAACUAUCAUAUGUUAAAAUAGGUCAACACUAACACUUCUAUUCUAAGAAAGAAACAUUUCAGUGUGAUAGUCAUUA